GAGAAAUAUUUUAGGGUUCUUGGAUGGAAAUGGACGACGAUAGUCCAGAAUUAGGGCUGGGCGACGACGAGGACGAGGACGAGUACGCGGUGGUCACGAGGAUCUUGGAUUCCUUCUUGCAUCGGCCUGAUGAUGGCGAUUGCGCAGCUGCAUUGCAGCGAGAGGAAGAUCCAGUGCCUGGAUCAGCUGCUGCUGCCGACGGCGACGCUUCCAAUCAGGAUGCCUUGGCGAUUGUUCCAGUCUCUUAUCCGGAGGAGCCGAUCGUGGAGAAUGCCUCAUCAUCUUUGGCGAUCGUUCAAGGUUGCGAGGAAAAUGGAAAUGCGCGAUUUGAUGGGGGUCCGCGAAGAACGUUUAUUAUGGAAAUGGAAGUUUUCGUCGAGGACAUGAAGAAGAAGAGCCGGAGACGGCUCAAGAAUCUCGACCAGAAGGACAAGCUAAAACCUGAAGAAGCCGACAAGAUCAACCGUGGUCUAGAGACGAUCACUAUGCUGGAUAUGAAGCUUCAAGAGCUGGAGCGAGGAGCCAGAAAUCGCCGUCUCGGCGGUAGAGAAUAUGAGUCCGAUGCAUCAAGAAAGCUGAGGGAUGAGAGGAAGAGACGACGAAGAUAUGCGAAACUUAAGCGAUCUCUGGAAAAUCUAGACGCCUUGCAUCCUGAGAAACAAGGUCAUGUUUUAAGAAAUAUUCUUCUAGGACCAAGUGCGAGGUACUUCAGGCUCACGCCAGAGGAGGAAGCGAUGGUGGAAGAAUUGCUUCGCCAGCAAGACAUUGUUGACGACGAUGGGGAUAAUAGCAGUGUUAUCUCGCAUGUCUCAACGGCCUUUGAUGUGGAGGGCCAAGAGGCCGUUCGCCUGGCAGAGAUAGACUGCAGGCUAGACCCUUACAAAGAGAGCCACAGCUAUUAUUCCAUUUCACCCAUGGCGUCGUCUUCUACUCCAAAUAGCAAAACUUUGAUGCCUGGAUGUCCGUCAUUGUCUCCCAUGGCUUCAGUGUCCACGCCCAAGAGGAAGUCGUAUUUCGAGAAUGGCGAAUCUCGGACCAAGUCAGAGGAGUUCUCCGUGCAUCAUGAAGCUUUGUCAAGAGCACUCGAGCCUUUCGCAGGAACUACAGUUGUGGAGGACUACUUAGGGGAGCUGAAGGAGAGGCGAGAGUACGAAGAAAAAAUGGAGGAAAUCGACAAGAAACUCAGACAACUCCACAUGACAGAGGCUCCCGCGGGUAUAACAGACGAUCAACUCAUGCAACUCCUGAGUGCCUCAAAAAGGGAACAAGAGUUAUAUGCUGCCAUCCAGUGAAACACAACAACAACCAAAUGUGUACAAUCGCAUAGCACAGCCUUCACAAGAUCAAGAACAAAAAAUGUAAGCCUUUGCGUUUCCUUUUCUCUUUGUCCCUGGGGGACAUUGUCUCAUGCUCCUAGUGGGAUUGGCUAGCUAUGGCUUAUAACAUGAACAUCACUGAGGUAAGUAAGUAGUAUUAGAGAGAUUGACAAGCAAAGCAAUAGCUAGCUAAGCAAUUUAUACUAGAGAGAGUGUGCGUGUGUGUAUCUUUGUCUUUGCAGUGCUGAGAUCCUGUGAGAUCUUCCUUACUGCCUAUCUCUCCAAUGAGAGAGAGAAACAGAGGGGCUGAGCUGUA